CACUACAUGAGUGAGAUCGCUGCGUCUCCACGAGAAAGCGAUCCCUCCUUUCUUCUUCACUAUCAUUUUCUUCUUCUGCCACGGUAGUGCGAAUAACACGACGCGGUUGAUGCGUCGAGAAAAAAAAACUCUUGCUUCGUAUAAAAAUAGGUAGCGCGAUAGAUGCACGUGUUUCUCUGUCAAAGAAUUAACACGCGAUUUCGUCGACAUACAUCAAUAUCUGCAAUCCUUCUUGCAAUAAAAACCGUAAUGUUACAUAAUUUUAUCAAGCGUAAAUAUUUAGGAUAAGGAGGAUACAAAGGGACCGCAAGAUUCCUGUGGUCUCACGCGGAAGGGUGUGUUAAACGCGAAUAAAUUGUUCGUGCGACCGAGAACACGCGACAUGCGUUGACGGAUAAUAUCGUUUUUCGCUGCUGUGUAUAAUGAACAAUGUAAUUUCUAAUUAACAAUGUUGAUCGAGUGAUGGCCAUAUUUAUUUACUCGAAGGACAUUCAUCAACGUAAGACAUUUUUCAAAUCAAAAUAGCUCAAUCGUAAAGCUGUGCAAAUCGUGUGCAAUUCACGGAAAAGAACUUGAACUCUCGCCGUUUGAAGUCGAAGCCCAUUUAAAUUCCGAAAGCGGACGAAUACUUGCAACGAUGUAGAGGCGGUGUGCAAAGUUUUGAUAGAUAAGAUACUUUUUUUAGAAAGUAAAGAUAAACAUGAUUGAGUGAUCGAUGCGUGAUUUCGCUUGAAAAGUUCUCCGUUAGCGGCUAGAAAGAUAUGAAGCAACUUUGAAAAUCUCUGCUGGUUAUGCAAAUUCAGAUUGGAUGAAGCAAAAUUAAAGCAGAGGUUCGAUUUGGAGAAUAUUCAUCAAAGUCAAAUGGAAUGAAGUAUUACAUAUUACUAUGCGUCGUUGAAGAACAUACCAGGAAGUUGCACACUGUUCAGCAUGCAAUGACGACAAUGUCGAGGCCGUGGUACACAGGCCGCAGCAGCAGCGGGAAUAGAUAAGGGAGCGAGAGGCCGCGCCAGCCGAGCCAGUCAUGUGUAGUGUCAUGUGGCUCCUUCGACUCCUGACGAUCUACCGUCUGGCUUACCUUUCGGCAUCCGACACGCACACGGAAUUGCCUCUGGUGACGGACUCGAUUUCUACGAAAUCGACGACGGCGGCGAAGCGAUCUGUGCCAACGGAUGCACCGAUGUUGAACUACAUCUUUGACACGCACAGCACUCUGAAUAAGCAUCAGCAUCAUCACGAUCACAAAUGGGGCCCUCACUUCGAAGGCGAGAGCUCCAACAUCACGGUGCAGGCUGGCGCUAGCGUUACCCUCGACUGUAGGAUAUCGUUGCUGCAAGACAAAACCGUGUCCUGGUUGCGACGACAAGAAAGUAGCGAGAAGAUGAGUCUGCUGACGGUGGGCCAGCAUACGUACACGGGCGAUUCGCGAUACACUAUCGAAUUUCAGUACCCGGAUAAUUGGCGUCUGCGUAUCAAGCGUGUUAACAGCAGUGACGAGGGCCAGUACGAAUGUCAAAUCAGCACUCAUCCGCCAAAAUUCAUUCAUGUCAAUCUACACAUCAACGCGCCGUCCGUCCAAAUAGUGGACGCCUUGGGCGAACCACUGCGGGACAAGUACUACGAAGCUGAUAGUACUAUCGAGCUACUAUGUGUCGUGCGUCACAUAGCGAUGCAGGUGCAAUACAGCGUCGUUCAGUGGCUCCAUGGCAACAGAAUCUUGAACUACGACACGACGAGAGGCGGAAUCAGCGUGAAAACGGACCUAAUGGAAGAGGGGGCCAAUUCGACUCUCAGCAUAGCUAAAGUCGGACCUACGGAUAGCGGAAAUUACACGUGCCAGCUUACCACCAUGCCAGACCAACCUGCCACGGUUCACGUGCACGUUUUAAACGGAGAAAGUUUAGCCGAACUACAUCAUAGCGGUGCACAGGUCACCCGAGCAGGUGCCGCGAGUUCACCGCUAUUCUUCCUGGCCGCCGUUUUGGCCCGAUCAGGUCAGGUGCUCAGAUGAAGACACGACGAGUUUGCUCGAGUUCCACGAGAGAGCCUCGUGUUCGGCGACGACAGCGUGACAAUGACAAAGACACAGUGCUCUACAAUGUCGAGCGAGAGACGGUACCGCUUGUACAUCGCAUGGACUUUUCUAUCAUCGUGACACGAAAGUGGACACGAGGGCCAAAGAAGGAGUGUUACGUUAACAUAUUAUGUUAACAGAAGGAACAUAGAAGGAACGGUUGGCUGCGUUGCUUUUUUCUUUUUUUUUUUUUAGUAUGUUAUUCUAAACGUAAUAUAAGCUAUUUGAUUUUCAGAAUAUGUGCGCGUCUAUAUCGCAGAAGAAUAUCUUUGUCAGUUUCUCUAACAGAAUUUUAUUCGCAAGUGACCGUUUAUAAUUUGUAAGAUAGAUACUUCAGUGAAUGACCGGUUAACAUUUCUAUAAUUAGUUAAUUUAAGACCUUUAAAUAAUUUGUUUAAACAUUAUUAAAGUUCAAGUGAUUUAUCCGCUUUAUAUGAAAAAGAAUUCGAGAUAGAACUUUUACUUUUAUAUGCUGCAUUAAUAUUUGAAGAAUUGAAAUACACAUGUACGCAUCGCUGAUAUAUAUUUUUGUAUAUGUACGUAUUCCCUAAGUUUUUCAAAUA